AUGUUUCCGCCGAAAGUAGUCGUAGUAAUUGUAGUUUACCUAUUUUAUGGACUUCCACAAAUGCAGUCCCACGAAAUCACACUGGAUUCGUUCACGCCGUUCAAGAGCGUAGGUCAGCCACUAGCCGACUACGGAACGGUGCGUCUCUCCAAGAAAGGCCGCAACAGUUAUGACGUAUCGGGGAAUUUCACUUUGCUUAGGAAUGUGGGCAGACAGUUUCGAACCUCUUUCGAAUUCGGUCGACUUUCGGGAGACUCGGUUCUGCUACUGGUGAAGAUGGAACGAGAAUUCUGUGAGUUUUACACGCUGGAUGCACGAACGUUGGAGGCGCUUCGCAACGUAUCGAAUUUUCCACCGAAAGGAACCUGCCCGUUUCCCAAGGGACGGUAUCAUAUUGAGGGAUUUGGAGUGAAUGAGCAUCAUUUUCCGCCUGCCGAUCUGCCUGGUGCUUAUGCGAUGAAGUUUAUAGUUUCCGAAAACGGCAGAAACGUUGGUGGAUUUUCGCUACAAGAAUCACCUGAUGUGACUACCACCGAUUCCGCAGGAAGAAGAGCUUCCGCCACAGCUGACAAACAGUUUCUUAAGAGUAUAGAACUGCGCCUGAAAUGCCUGACCAAACGAACGGCCCAGCUCCUUUCGCCAUCAUCCGACAGUCGUUCGUUGGGUGAAGAAUCGCCCCGCUCGUAG